UGCAAUGUCUUACGACUUCAGACGUCCGAAGUUCUGCUCAGCAGCAAGCCAGAGCUGCAAACCUGAAAAUGCAAUGCAGCGUUGUACCCAUUGUGAGAAAGAAAAGAGCUGAGCUGAGAAGUGGGCAGGAGAUGGGGGAAAGACGCUCUUGAGCCUUGAGGUUGAUGUGGCUCUUGUAGAUACCUGGUAGGUAUCUGAGGUCCCAGGACACGGUUCCAGGGGAGGUAGGUUUGGGCCUGUAGAGUGUCCUUUUACAAAGCUGCACAUAAGAACAACAUCAGGACCCUGCAUUGCAACAAAAAAGCGUCCUGGAGGGCGCUGCCAGUCACACAGUCAAUUAGGGAGGUGAGGUAGGAUGGCACUUUCUGCGGCGGCAGCAAGCGUGAGCGCUCCGGUGUCCACCGCAGGGGCAUCCAGAAACUUUUCGCAGUUCCAGGGGUUGCGGCCUACCACCCCAGCCCAGAUAGCUUCUAGACCCACUUACCAGGUGCACUGUAGACGAGUUGUCGCUCCCAGGGCGCUCGAUGUAGAUUCGGGGACGGCCAUAGGAGUUGCUGCUGCCAUUGCGGGCCUGGCAGCCGGGAUUGCAAUCCCCGUCUUUUAUGAGAUACAAGUCAAAGGAGCGUCAUCAAGGGAGAAUGACCAACCAUGCUUUCCCUGCAAAGGAACCGGUUCACUACUUUGCCGGUUCUGCCAAGGUCAGGGUGUGAUUGUCGUGGACCUCGGAAUGGGGGCCAAAGAGGAGUCCCAGUGCAUCAACUGCGAGGGGAAUGGCUCCGUGACUUGUACAACAUGCAAUGGGAGCGGGGUGCAGCCUCGUUACCUAGACCGCAGGGAGUUCCGUGAUGACGAUUAGCUUGUUACAAUUCCUCGCAACUACAAGCACGUGGACAGUCGGUCUGCUGGAGAGUUGGUAUCCAUAGGAACAAGAGCAAUAAGAAAAAGCGUGGAAUUUUGCACCUCACCACGAACCCAAUUCCAAGUCAUGAUGCACAUGUGUGUGUAUGUUCUCCCUGAUGCUCCUCCUAUGUAGUGCCUUCUGUUCGUUGUUAAAUCUUUGUGACA